CAGAAAAAGUUUAUAGCCCAAUCAUUAAAAGAUUAUACCCUUUAUUGGCAUCUAAUUUCAGGGAGAAAAAAAGAAAUUCCAAUUCAAACUCCGCCCAAGUCACCGGCGGCACCGUCGCCGGCCACGUUUCUCUCUCAUAUUUACUCAUCUAUGCUUGCUCAUACAUAUCCAUUUUUAUUUUAUUUUUUGGAUUAAUACAAAUUGAAAACUGGGGUACCCAUUUUUUUUUUUAUUUUCUCAAAAUCAAGUCCCAAGAAAAGAAAAAAUCAACCAUCGUCUUCCAUCGCGUGCUUGACACUCUUGUUCACCUCACACCCACCCGAAAUCUACAGGACCCCAUCACACCAAAGCAUCAAAGCUUGAAUCUUUGAGCGAAACAAGCACGUGGGUAAGUGUGUGUGUGUGUGUGAGUGUCAUUGUUAUGGUAUGGCUCAGCAGAGGCAAUCGGGAAUGGAGAGGUUUGGGGUGAGAGAUCUGCACCACGCCAACGGCGCUGGCGAUCACGUCGCCGUCGGGAUUCGCGGCGCCGCCGCCCACAAGCAGCCGCGGCUCCGGCGAUCGGCGCGAUCCGACAGGAGUACCUAUCUGUCGGUGGCGGCAAUCCUCGUUUUCCUCUUCCUCGUACUUGUCGUCACUGUGCUCGCGUUCUCUUACAUUUCCAGAGACGAAAUAAGUAGCAAUGGUGAUGAUAAUGAUGAUUUAAAGAGUGAUUCUGAUUUUCUUACAAAUGUACCUCGGAUACAGAGGAAGAAAGUCCUUGACUUUGGGCAUGCCUCUGGGGGGCAUGGCCGGGAUUCGAGAUAUUGGGAUAGGGAUGAUCGGAGGAGGGAUGGUGAUUAUGAUGAGGAUAUGAUGGAGCAGACAAGUAAGGAUCCUGGAGAUGAAACUGCUGAAGAUGAAGCUUCUGAAAAUUUGGAGCACAAAGUGAAGUCUUCUAAGGAUGGUUCUGACAUGGGUAUAAAGCGGAAGGGCGUUGGCUUGUAUAAUGAAGCUGGACGUCAUGAGUUGAAAAGGUAUGAAGCAGAAUACGAGGCUUCUUUGAAGAAUCUGGGACGCUCUGCUGAAGAUGAUGGGAAAACGUCGCAUGAUACUGAUCUGGAAAAGAAGAACGCCGCAGAUGACACUGAGGAUGAAUAUGAUGACUUUUUUGAUUUUCAUGACGCUCAAAUGGAAGAUUCCAGUGAUAGCAAAGAUAUGAGAGGGAAACAUUCUAAUUCUGAUGUGCUAGGCUUGAACAAUGAAGUUCAUAUAGAAUCUAAUGAUUCUUUUGGUGAGGGAAAUGAUGAUGUUACAUCUAAGGAUGCUACCUCUGAGGAUGUUGACGGGGCAUCUUCCUUGAAUAAAAAGAAUUCUCAUGAUGUAAAAACAAAUUCUAAACACACAAAUGGACAAUCAACUAAAAAAUUACAUCUCGAAACAAAGAAGAAAUCCAGACGACGCAAAUUUUCAGGAUCCUGUGAGAUGAAAUUGUUAAACUCAACCUCACAGCUUGUAGAACCUCUAGAAAGUCGAAAAUUUGCAAGAUUUAACUUACAGUACACGGAUAAAGAAGAAAAGCCACCGGGAGAAGAACAUUGGGUGCCCAGAUUUGCAGGCCAUCAGAGCUUAGAAGAGAGAGAAAAUUCAUUUUUGGCACGUGAUCAGAAAAUAAAGUGUGGUUUUGUUAAAGGUCCUGAAGGGUCUCAAAGUACUGGAUUUGACUUGACAGAAGAUGAUGCAAGUUACAUCAGCAGGUGCCACAUUGCUGUUAUUUCUUGCAUAUUUGGAAACUCUGAUCGCUUGAGGACCCCAGCCACCAAAACGGUCACUCGAUUGUCAAGGAAGAAUGUCUGCUUUGUGAUGUUUACUGAUGAAAUUACAAUACGGACACUUUCUUCAGAAGGUCAUGUGCCUGAUAGAAUGGGUUUCAUUGGCUUUUGGAAAUUAGUGGUAGUGAAGAAUCUACCCUUUGAUGAUAUGCGGCGAGUUGGCAAAAUACCGAAGUUAUUGCCACAUCGACUUUUUCCUUUUGCAAGGUAUUCAAUUUGGUUGGAUAGCAAAUUACGGCUGCAGCUUGAUCCUUUACUUAUCUUGGAGUACUUUUUGUGGCGAAAGGGUUAUGAAUUUGCAAUAUCCAAUCACUAUGAUCGGCAUUGCGUGUGGGAAGAAGUAGCACAAAACAAGAGAUUGAACAAGUAUAAUCAUACGGUUAUAGAUCAACAAUUUGCAUUUUACCGUGCUGAUGGACUGGAAAAAUUUGAUGCAUCGGAUCCAAACAAGCUUCUUCCAAGCAAUGUACCUGAAGGUUCUUUUAUUAUUAGAGCACACACCCCGAUGUCAAAUUUGUUUUCCUGUCUUUGGUUCAAUGAAGUUGACCGGUUUACACCUCGUGAUCAGCUGAGUUUCGCAUAUACUUAUCAGAAGCUGAGAAGGAUGAAUCCAGAGAAACCUUUCCAUCUGAACAUGUUCAAGGACUGUGAAAGGAGACACAUAGCGAAGUUGUUCCGUCAUAGGUUGGAUGAGAAGAGGAUUAGUCAUCAAAAAGCAACAGAAUAAUGCCACUUUUAUAUUAACAUUUUUUUAUUGCUAUUGAGCUUGAUCAUAUGAUGUCAAAAAGCAAUAGAAUAAUGCCAGUCUCCUCCAUAUAUCUGUUGAAGUUGUGAUCUCUGCUGCAGAGUUUGUCACAUGAUGAUUCAACACAGGUGUUUCCCAUGGAAGUGUUACUCAAAGUAUGAUCUGCUGUGUCAUCCAUGGAAACAUAAUUUUGUGGUUAUGUUUUAUCAUAUAUCUCUUCCUCUUGUAUCCUUCCAUUUGUGACACAAUUCAUUUAUGCCUUGGGAGACAAGCAAAGCAUCGAAUGACUCCCCUCACCAUCACUACCACUGCUCAUAUUUCUUUUCUUAAUUGGGAUUGUUUGUAUGUAGAAAUUUUUGAUAGGCCAUUCAUAUUCACGUUAGAAAUGAUUCUUAUUGAUUUUAUUACUUAAAUAUUUUACUAUAUUAGCAUGGAUAAGUUGUUAAAUUAAA